CCAGUAUGUAAGUCAUGAUUUGGUGCGGAGUUAAUAAUCAAUGUCGGCUGGUUGGCAAUCGAUCGGCUGCUUACGUGAUCAAUUAUUGCUAGCAAGCUCUUACCUUUACGGCUCAGUAUUUCCUCGACUACAGUCUCUUUCUAACCUCUUUGCAAUUUUCGCUUGCUUCUGUUUGAUUUCAGUUAUUCGGAAAGUGAGGGAAGUAACCCUCAAAAUUAUCAGUGAUGAGUUUCCUAUGUGGAGCGUUUGUUUUCCUUCUUUUGUCGUUUGUGGUGUCCAUUCUAGCUAACUUCAGUCCGUUCAUGGACAAUGAACUCUUUCUCAUUAAUUGGGCUGGACCGCUGCCCAUAGAAAAGCUCGACUUCCCAAGUUCACGUCUAGUAAUGGUGAUGACGAACAAUAAAGAAAAAUACCAUUGUAUUCUACCAGAAGAAAGGCUUAUUGAAAAUAGUAUUUCCGAAAAAGACCAAAUGCUGGAAUCAUCAGAAGAACUCAUGCAGAAAAUGUUCGAUAAAAAAAUAUGUUCAUAUCGGAUUGAAAGUUUCUGGACAUAUGAACUUUGUCAUGGGAAAUACAUGAGGCAAUAUCACGAAAGCAAAGAUUUAGGCAAGAAACGGCAGAUACAGGAAUAUUUCCUUGGUUACAAUAAAGGAUCAAAUUUAGAAAGGUCUGGAUCUUCAAAAGUUAGUGCCUCAUCAGUAGGAAAUCCACCAGUACACACACGAAAAGUUGAUGGUCUUGACUUACCUUACUUCCAAGUAAACAUAACUGAUGGUACAGUUUGUGACCUGACUGGAGGACCAAGACAGGCAGCUAUUCUUUAUGUGUGCCAACCAGAAGGCCGAGGGGAAAUCUUUGAAAUGAAAGAAGUAUCCACAUGUGAAUAUGAAAUUAUUGUGCUCACAUCAGUUCUCUGUAGCCACCCAGAUUUUAAACCCAAGAAUCCACAUAUUGGCAAGAUAAAUUGCCAUUCUGUUGAAGGUGCUCCAGUGCGUCCUGUAAAUAUGGACCGUUUGGCUGAGGAAAAUCGAUAUGGUCUUCCUUUUGAAGAUGAAGCUAAUGUAUUUGACAAAUCAAGCCUCUUCAAGAUAAAUUUACAUGACAAAAGGAAAUUCACACAGAAAACUGAGGUGUAUGAUCAGAAAACAAAGAUAACCAUGUCGACAGGAAAUGGUGGUAUAGGACUAGCUACAGAUGAACAGACCAUCAGAGAUUUCCUCAGUGGAACAGAUUGUCUGAAAGGUGGUGCUGGAUGGUGGAAACAUGAAUUUUGUUAUGGCAAAUAUGUUCGGCAAUAUCAUGACGGCAAUGAUGGACGUACUGUUAUAACUCUUGGUCACUGGAGGCUUGACAAACAUUUACAGUGGUUGCAUGCUAAUCCUUUAAAAAAACCAAAACCAAUAGGAAAGAGAAGGAGUAUUUCCCUACUCUAUACUGACGGAGACUUCUGUGAAGCCAAUGGAAAGAAGAGAAUUGUUGAAGUUAAAUUAAAGUGCAUUGAAGAUUUAAGCAGAUCACAUUCUUUUGCAUUAUACAUCAUGGAACCCAAAACUUGCGAAUACAUUUUAAAUAUUGAAUCAACUAUGUUCUGCUCUCUAUUAGAUAAAGCUGAUGAAUAUGGAGUGAUGCCAGUUUCUGCAGAUUGAAGCAGUAUUAUUAGUGUUGGAAACUAAAAUAUUUUUAUACAUUAAAAAAAAAAUCUAUAAAAA